GAGGGCUGCCGGGGACACCCGUGUGCGCCCCGGGCCGGGGCACGGCCCGGGCUGGCCGCAGGGAAGGGCCCUGGGGCGGGCCCGGGCCGUGCGGUUCCGCUGGCAAAGGAACGCGUUCAUUGCUGGAACGUGCCAGGAAAGGUCCCCGCUCUGCUGGGGAGUGAACGGACGGGAGCCAAGAGCGCUGCUCUGCGCGGUGCUGCUUCCUUCAAAACAGUGCUGACAGCAUCUUUGCUCCUGUUACUUGUUACUUUGUGUGCUUUCAAAAUGAGCAGUGAAGACGAAAUAAAGGAAAGCUUGGAUGCGGAAUUUGAUCGCUUUGUUGUGGCUAUGAAGCCCUAUGUGCUUAACCUGCAGCAUAGUUCAGACAGAAAAAGAUGCUCACUAUGGAUUAAAAAACUCUGCAAACCCUCAGGAACAGGCAUAGGAAUAGUGGGAAGGGAGAAUCGAAACUUGUAUGCAAAACUGCUGCUCCACAUGCUGCAGAGAGGAGUUCUGGAUGGUCCCUUCAGCCAAAAACCAGAGGAGGGAAUGCUGAGAACUUUGCCUGCCUACAUGUCCGUUUAUUUUGAUGAACCAAUUUCACCAAGAUUUCGGAACAGCAGCGCUGACUGCUUACCUGAGUGGGUGGUGGGAGAGCUGGGAAACCAUGAGAGUAACAUAUCUUCUGUGGAGGGCUCAUCUUCAGCAACACCUGCACAUGGGGAAAGAUUCAGUGAGAAGCCAUCAGCAGUGUCCUGUUGUCUGCUUUCUUCUCACCGGACAGAUGAAGAUGACCUAGGCACGUCACUGUCUGAUGAUCAACACAAAAGAAACUUUUCAUUGGAUGAUGAUGACCUCGAAGCACGACUCAAUAGUUGGAAUCUUGGGAUAGAAAACCCCAGAUAUCUGCGAGAAAAACGGGUGACUUGGAAGACACCUAAAAUUGACCUUGGAGAGAGCAGCCCCUCUCGAGAAAACCAUGAGCUGUUCCGAAUGCAGGAGAAAGAGCUGGAAAUGAAAAUGAAAAUAGCAGAAGGUAAAUUUCACGAAGAAAAACUGAAAUUACAACAGAAGCACGAUGUUGAUGUUCAAAAGAUUUUGGAUAGAAAGAAUGAUGAAAUAGAUGUGCUGAAGUCCACCUACACAGAGAAACAAAAAGAAGCUGAAGAGACAAUAAGAAAACUGGAGAAAAAAGUUCAGACCCUUGUUCGUGAGUCCCAAGUUGUGAGAGAAGCCAAAGAGCAGCAGAUUGUGGAGCUGAAGAAGUUGUGUGAGCAAAGCAAUGAUUCCUUGAACAAUGAGUGGGAGAAAAGGCUCCUGGAUGCCGUGGCUGAGAUGGAGAAGGAGAAGUUCAACAUCCGGAAGAAGCACACGGAAGAUAUGCAGGAGCUGCUGGAGGAAACCAACGCCCGGCUGGCCAAGAUGGAGCAGGAGUAUUUGCAGCAGACACAGUCAACUUGCAGUGCAGUUGUUCUAGGAGAAGACACUGUCCUGGAAGCCAGUGCAAUCAAGGAUUUUAUUCCCCAGAUAAAAUUAAGCAAGAAUGAGACAGUGGAAAAGCUGGGGGCCCGUGUGCAGCAGUUGACUGUUGAGGCUGAAAAUAGUAAUUUACAGCGUCAGAAAUUAUCUCAGGAGAAGACUGAGGUGGAACAGCGUUACCAGGAGGUCUGCUCCCAACUUCAGGACCUGAAAGCAAGGUAUGACUUACUUCAGAAAGACAAGGACCAGAUUACUCAGGAGUACAAGGAGAAAGUUCAGCAGCUGCAAAGUAAAUUUGAAGUUGACAGAGAUUUUCUGAAGAAGGAACAAGCUCAGCAGACAUCUGAUGUGAUUGCAGAAUUACAGCGUGGAAUGGCUCUGUUGAAACAACAAUUGCAAGACUGUGAACAUCAAAGGCAGCAAGAGCUGAGGGAUCAAGAAUACAAGGUUCAGCAGGACAAGCUUCAAUUGCAGCGUGCAUAUGAGAAACAGAUUCAUGGCAUUCAGAAUGAUCUGGAUAAAGAAAGAGGGGAUGCUCAAAAGAAAAUUCGUCACCUGGAACAGGCUCUGAAGGAGAAGGAGGAGCAGCUGAGGCGGGUGACGGAGGUACAGAGGCUGCAGGCCCAGCAGGCAGGCGCUGCCCUGGAGGAGUUUAAGCGGCAGGUGGAGCUGAACUCAGAGAAAGACUCUGCUGAAAUGAAACAGCGGAUAGCAGAGGUUGAAGCAGAUCUGAGCAGAUCAAAAUUGCUCCGGGAAAAGCAAGCCCAAGAAUUCUCUUGGCAGUUGGAUGAGAUCAAGAAAAGAUAUGAACAACAGAUAGUGGAGCUGAAGCUGGAGCAUGAACAGGAGAAGACGCACCUAUUCCAGCAGCACAACGCAGUGCAGGACUGCCUGGUCCGAGACCAUCAACGGGAGAUCGAGAAACUGGAGAAGCAGCUUUGCGCUACCAUGGCAGAGCACGAGAGCCAAGCUCACGAGAGCAGGAAACGAGACGGCCAGGUGAUCUCAGGCUUGGAGAUCCAGAUCCGCAAGCUGAGGGAGGAGCUGAUCCAGGCGAACGCUCUGCGGAACCAUCAGCUGCUGGACCUGAGCCUCCAGCGGGACGAGGAAAAGCUGAAGGCAGCUCGAGACAAGGAGGCAGCACUGAACAGUCUGAAGAUGGAGAUGGAAAAAGUGAUAUCAGACAUGAAAAUGAAGCACACAGCAGAGACAGAGACAGUCUUGAAUAAGGCCAACAGCCAGCUGAGGCACACCAAGGAGGAGUUCCGCCAGAAACUGGCCAAGUGCUCGCAGGAGAUAGCUGAACUGAGGACAACCAUUUCCUCCCUGACAGAGAAGAACAGCCGGCAGCAGCUUGCGGCGGAGCAGCGGCUCCAGGAAGUUGCACAGAAGUUGGAAGAUGAGAAGCAGCAGCUGAUGACAGAUAAUGACAGAGCAAUCAAGCGCAGCACUGACGGGAUGUUUUAGACGUUCUUUGCGACGGAGCAUCAAAAAUUCAAGAAGUUGCCUGAAAAUGUUGAAGCUGACAUCAGGUCUUCACAGGAAACCUGCUCAGAGAAUGGCAGACUCCUUGCCAUUCCCUUUGAUUCCAAAGUGUUUAAUAAAAAGCAAAUUAGGGAAUGAAAAUGGUCUCGCGGAUCAAUCAGGCGCAGCGGUUCCGCCCGCUCGGCAUUAUCUGUCAGACAUUAACCUGAUUGGGAAUGUUGUAUUUUGUAUAAUAGUCUCAAAAUCAGACUGAAAGGUUGACUGAAAAAAUACCUGAUGUAUUUUGUGUGUGCUCUGAGGCUGAUAACAAACUCUGCAGUUCAAGUUUUAAUAACUUGGGGGGAGCUAAGAAACUUCAAAAGCUUCGUGAUAAAUGUUUUUGACAAAGCGUCAGCUGAACAUUAGGCAGAAUCUUGGUAAAUCCUCUCAUAAGUGGUUUAAAAUGGAGUUCUGAACUUUUCCUUCAUAAGUGUACGCUUAAGAUGUCAUGGUAUCUUUGGGUUUAAAAGAUUCAUUUUAUCUGGUAAAUGUGCACCACUGGUGUUUCUGCCUAAACCUCGGCGAGUGCAGGGGGGAAACAGUUCAGGGCUUUUCUCCUUUUGGCAGCCUCUGCUCUGCUCUUGGCCAUGACACUGAGUGCAGGCUGAGAAAAAAGGGGGAGCAAACUCCAGAAUCCUCCAGGUAAAUUUUACAGUAAAUCUUCCAGCUGACAGGCUUUUGAUUGGCUUCAUCACAGCAGCCCCAAAGUGUCCCGGUCAUAGACAAAGCCGUGCUUGGACAUGGCAAGUGCUUGUUGGGUUUUGUGGCCCGUUGAGAAAAGCAGAUGAAAGCCAGUUUAUUACAGCCUUUGAACCUUGCCUCCCUUUCCCUCCUGUCACCUGAGCCACUCUAACAAAGCAAAAACAAUUCCCUCCUUGGCUCCCCCUGACAAAAAUGCCCGACUUUACAAUUUAUGCUGCUGUUUUCUUUGAACUGUUAUCUCUGCAGGACCUUAUGGCAUCCUUUGCCUUUCAAAAGAAUUGAGUUUAUAAUGUCCUGCAGCGAAACCCUGACUCAGCAAAAUGCUUAAGCCCUUGCCUGAUUUUAUGUCUACAAAUAGCCCUGCUGGUGCCAUCAAGGUAUUUUAGGGAUGUAUCUUAGAAUCAUGGAGUCUUGAAAAGAUUUGGGUUGG